AUAGGACACAAAUUACUAUUUUUCAGCUAUAAAUACAAGCCUCCUGAAACAGGCCCCUUCUAUUUUCUGCAACUCUUUUUUACUUGACAAAUAUAUAAUUUAGCAGUGGUGAAAUAUUUGGAGUGGGAAGAAAGCACAUCUCUACAGUGUCUUGGCAGGAUCGAUGGAGUUUCCGAAUCAGGAAUCGGAGUCGUCGAAUUCGCUGAGGAAAAAUGGGAGGGGGAAGAUUCAGAUCAAGAGGAUCGAGAACACCACGAAUCGGCAGGUCACAUUCUGCAAGCGCAGAAAUGGGCUGCUCAAGAAGGCCUACGAGCUAUCGGUGCUGUGCGACGCCGAAGUCGCCCUCGUCGUCUUCUCCAGCCGCGGCAGGCUCUAUGAAUAUGCAAAUAACAGUGUUAGGGCAACCAUUGAUAGGUACAAGAAAGCUACUGUUGAUUCCUCCAACACUAUGUCCACAUCUGAAGCUAACACGCAGUUCUACCAGCAAGAAGCCACCAAGCUCCGCAGGCAAAUAAGAGAUUGUCAGAAUACAAACAGACAAAUUCUUGGAGAAGGUGUUAGCAGUAUGCAACUGAAGGAUCUGAGGAAUAUGGAGAACAAAGUGGAGAAGGCCAUCAGCCGCAUUCGGACCAAGAAGAAUGAGCUGCUGUUUGCUGAAAUAGAGCUCAUGCAGAAGAGGGAGCUAGAGCUGCACAAUGCAAACAUGUAUCUACGAGCUAAGCAGAUAGGCGAGAGCGAGAGGGCACAGCAGCAGAUGAACAUGAUGAAUCAAGAAUACGAGCAGAAUUCACACAACUAUGAUGUAAGAAACUUCCUUCCUGUCAACCUCCUCCAACCCGAACACGACCACCACUACUCUUGCCAGGAUCAAACCCCUCUCCAGCUAGUUUAACAAUUACAACUCUUGGGUUUGUGAUCAAGAAUUCCUCAUAUUAUGGCAUGAGGAAUACCAGAAAUGCUUGGACAAUCAAAAAUAUUACUAUAAUUCCAAUAUUGUAUAAUAUAAAUAAUAGCUAGCUAGUAGUUGAUUUUUCAUGAGUAAGAAUAACUCUUGCUUUAUCUGUACCCUUGAACAACAGUUUGUUUAUCUCUAAUUCUACAGCAUACAUUAUUAGCUUGCUUAAA